CACUGUGUAACACCGAAAACCUGUGUAACGCAGGUACGCAGGACGUUGUUUGCGUCGAGCGAAGAAAAAACCAAGCCGCAUCGAGAGUACUAUGAUAAAGGUGCAACGUUCGCGUGUGUCGUGUACAUAAUUAUUUAAUCGUUACGAAACAUUUCCAAGAUCCUUCUCGUUAUUGGAUCGGGUGGCAGCGCGGAUACUUGUGUCGGCCUGUUAGAACAACAAAUAUCGGAUCCCAUCGCGGAAAGAUUGAUGCGUGAGACGCGUCGAAGGACAUUGUUGUCGAUCUCGAGAGACACGUUUGGCAAGCGGAACGCAUACGACAAAUGUUGAAUCGUGAUGUACCGUGCUACGACAUAGGUGUGGCGCGCGAAAGAGAGAGCGUAUACGCACGAAUCCGUAGUAUGUACGUGCGACGAGUUCUCCCUUGGAAUGAAGGCAGCAAGGAAUUGGAUUAACUUUCCCCCGAUUAUAUUUAUGCGGAAAGAAAACUGGAAAUUAUAUUAAUGCGGUGUCGUGUAUAGCUCCGACACAACUACUCGUUUGAUCGCGUAAGGUGUGAUCGAGUUACAUCUUUUCUAAAAUCAAGAUAGAAUUUCUUGUAUAAGUUUCUCUCGCUGAGGUAAAUAUCAGUGGUGUAUUGAAUACACCAAGUGGGUGCGUGUGCGUGCUGCUCGUGCCCGUGCCUGCGCCUAUGCGUCUCCGUUCGCCGAGUUGUGGUGAUCUUCCCAGUGGUAACGACGGCGGAGGAGACAGUGAAGGUGGUGGUAGCGGCGGCAGCAGCAGUGGCGGCGGUGGAGAAGAUAGUGGAGGUGGUGGCGGCGGCGGCGGCGGCCGCGACAACGUUUGGAGGGAGAGAUUUCGUACGUCGUGACUGAGUGAGUUGGUGCGUGUGCGUGCUACCGCGCGUAUACGCUCUCUCAUUCUCGGGAUCGUGCGCGCGUGUGUGUGGUGUAUAUACGUGUAUAUGUAUUCUGGCGCGCGCGCAUUAACGGAAUUCACGAUCCGACACGCAGGGACUCUCAACAAAUGUUUAAAUGGACGCAUCGUCCAUUAUCACCCAAGUGUCGCGGGAUGACGAGCUAGGCCAGUUUAAUAAUGAGAAAGCCCAGUUACCGCAAGAGAAUGAAGUGGCCAGCAAUGGUCCAGCCAGUGGCAAAAAGCCAAGAGGGCGUGGACUUCUACGAUCUCUACUUUGUUGCCUUGGUAGAGGACGUGGAAGUAGUUCAAAGAGUCCAAAUACAAGUUCCAUACAAUGGUACGAACGUGCUUAUGCACCAUCACCGAGGACUGGAUCCCAACGGUUUCUUCUCCCACCUGUCAGACAUCAGGAUAUGCACAAGAAGUGCAUGGUGAUUGAUUUAGACGAGACACUAGUGCAUAGUUCUUUCAAACCAAUCAACAAUGCCGAUUUUGUUGUUCCUGUAGAAAUUGAUGGGACAGUGCAUCAAGUGUAUGUUUUAAAGAGGCCUUAUGUGGAUGAAUUCUUACAGAGGAUGGGUGAACUGUAUGAGUGUGUAUUGUUCACAGCAAGCUUGGCCAAGUAUGCUGACCCAGUAGCGGAUCUGCUUGACAAGUGGGGAGUGUUCAGAGAAAGACUGUUCAGAGAAUCUUGUGUUUUUCACAGAGGAAAUUAUGUUAAAGAUUUAAAUAAACUAGGACGGGAUUUACAACAAAUUAUUAUUGUUGAUAAUAGCCCUGCCAGUUACAUUUUCCAUCCAGAUAAUGCGGUACCAGUGGCAUCAUGGUUUGAUGAUAUGACAGAUUCAGAACUGUUAGAUUUAAUUCCAUUCUUUGAGAAACUCAGUAACGUGGAGAACAUUUACACGGUCUUGUGCAAUAGCAACCAUCCUUAUAAUCAAAUACCUGUUGUACAGAAUAGUCCAAGCCCAGGAUCAGGUUCGCUUGGUGCUUCCUAGCCCCACCUAAAUUCUGGCCCGAUAGCCAGUAUUGUUGUCACUCAGUGCGCUUUGAGGAGAAUUUUGACUGGAAUACUUCACAUUACUUUCUUAUUAUGUGGCAGUGGUCGAUCGGGUAUGGCUCAUUAAUACUGAAUACAGAACACGAACAUACCAUCCAAUAAGGAAGCAAGAAUCCUGAGUACUUUGGUGUACCAUUUGUUCUGAUGCACCAUGAAUCACAGCUGCUUCAUUAUGGACUGAAGUUCUCAGCCUGACAAACAGCAAUACACUAUGCUGCAAACUGA